GUUUCUGUCCAGACUUUACACACACACAAUACACAACAUUCGGUCGAAAAUUAAACCUUUUGAAGAUGGGCAUCCAAAAUUAUUACGGCAAUCUGAAGGAGAAGUUCUUGACGAGGCUCAAGCCAAAGGAGGAGGAACCAGCCAAGCCAAGAGCCCACCCACCUCGGAUGCAUAAUCUUGGCGAGGAGAUAAGUUUACUGGUGCAUUCGCAAUCCUUUGAAAAGGCCUACAGUACUGCAGCACCAUUUCUUUUCGCCAGUUUGGGGGCGUGGCCGGGCUAUUGGCUGUUCAGAGGAAUGGAUUACCAUGUUCAUCGAUCGCACAUUCCAUUGCCCAUCUACAUAAGACAGACCUACUAUCAAGCCAAAGUGGUGCAGCUUUUCAUUAUCUUGGCCGGCACAUAUACCGUCUUCAGAAACGCCAGUCGCUUGCGUUUGAUGAAUGCAAAUAGAGUGGGCCCGAAUUGAAGCCUUCAAAAAUCAUGCAAUGGAUGUCCAAGAACCAGCGUCUUACAAAUUUCGGAAACAGACCAUCGGAGAGUUGAACUUU